AUGGUACUUUUAAAAGAUACAAAUAAUCAAGACUUUUUUCAACUCGAUCAUGAUCAAACACCACAAUCAUAUCUUGAUAGAAUAGCUCAUGAAAAUCAAUUAGAAUUAAAUAAAAAACAAUUUGCAUUAUUUAUGGAUGAUCAAGAUCCUCUUGGUUAUAUCAGACAAAAAUUUUCCUAUCCAAAAUUAGGAACAUUACCAAAAGUUGAUAAAAAACGAAUUGAACCAUCUAAUGAAUGUAUCUAUCUUUGUGGUCAAUCACUUGGAUUGAUGCCUCUACGAACAAUUGAUUAUAUGAAUGCAUUUAUGAAUGAUUGGGCUACAUUAGGCGUUUAUGGUCAUUUUACUGGUUCAAAUCCUUGGGCAAAAUGUGAUAUUCCAUGUUUAUCAACUAUGAGUUUAUUAGUUGGUGGUCAAAUCAAAGAAGUUGCUCUUAUGAAUCAAUUAUCAUCAAAUCUUCAUUUUAUGAUGACAGCAUUUUAUCAACCUCAAAGUAAUCGUUAUAAAAUUUUAUAUGAAGAACAUGCAUUUCCAAGUGAUCAAUAUGCCAUUAAUUCACAAAUUAAAUUACAUGGUUACGAUCCUAAAGAUGCAAAAAUUGUAAUCAAAGCACGAGAAAAACGUGGUGCUGAAUUAUCAUUUCGAUCUAUUGAUAUUACUGCUCAACAAAUUCAUGAUGAAUUAGAAAAAAUUGGUGUUGUUAUCGAUAUUCGCGAUGAUAUUAUUCGAAUAGCACCAGUAUCAUUAUAUAAUAGUUUUGCUGAUAUAUUUCAAUUUCUUUCAUUACUCAAAGAAGCAAUUAUUGCAUUAACAACAGUAAGUAAAGAAUCAAGUACAAACUAA